CCCAACCACAACCCCAACCAGCUACACAUAUUGAGUCCAUGGAUACGUGAAACCUCCACCUCUUCACACUCCCCAACCCCGCCCCACCCAACCCAAGACCUUACCCAGCAACUCAUCCUCAACCACAAAGAACCACCUCAAAUCCUCCCAAAUGGACCUCACCGACCCCGCCCACAACCUAGGAACCUUCCGCACGCGCCCGCGCACCAGCCGCUCCGGCGACCAAGAACUCCCCUGGAAACUGAUCAUCCCCGGGGUCGACGACAACGACUACGAUAAACAAGAACAGGAACAGCAACAGCAACAGCAACCGCAACCGCAACCGCAACCGCACAGCUCCCCCAUACUCAAACCCACCGCCACCACCAGAACCACCGGCGGGUCCCACGCCUCAUCCACAGAAUGGUCCGCCCGCAUCACCGGGGAAGUCCUCAGCAGCAUCGGCAAGAACAGUAUUCUCGUUCCGCCGCGACCAUCAUCCCAGCAGCAACAGCAGCAGCGCUCGAGAUCCGCUCCAGCGCCCGCACCCGCACUGGCACCGGACCUAGAUUCAGAUGCGGUGUCUCCGAAGUCGAAGAACAUACCGGGAGUUGGGCAAGGGCAAGGGCAAGGACAUGGACACGGACAAGGGGGAGGAAGAGGGAGAGAAGAAGGAAGUAGCAGGACCACCACGAUACCCCUCCUCAACCCCAACCUAGGCCCAGCCCGACCCCUCCCCCGCCGAGGAGGAUCUACUACAGACGUCGCCGGCGGCGGCGGUAGCGGUAGCGGCAGGACCCCGUCCCCGCUUCCCCCACCACCUCGCGCGAAAAUCGAUCUUCCGGGGUUACCUCCGGGGUCGAGCCGAACAGGGUCGAUUGCAUCCCUGAUGCGGGGGAAGGAGCCAGACCCAAAGCAGCAGGCCGAGAAAGCCAGCCCCUCGACGGAGGGUGCAGUUGCAACGCAGCCCGAAACUCCGAGCAGGCACGAGAGCAAGCACGAGGACGAGGAGGCGGAGAUCGUGAUGUUUAGUACGGCGUAUCCGGGGCAGGAGUGGAGGCCGGUGGGGUUUAUGGAGGCGUCGGGGUGGGGGAUGAGUGAUUGA